AUGUUUGAAAAUUUCCCGUCCUCUGUGACAGAAUCUCGUCUCAUCCGCAUUGUCCGAAAUAUCUCCAUAGCACACUCAACGCUACUGCUCAUACUCUCCUCUGGUUUAGUUGGCUAUGGAUCGUGGAUUCUUGUAUGGGCAAAUGACUUGAAAACAUUUGAUGUGAUUCUCAACUACUAUUACUUAUCUUAUGCCCCACCACUUAUGGUUGCCUGUGGCCUCCUUUGUUUUAUUCUCGUCGUCGUGGGCUGCUGUUCUGUCUGUGUGGAAGACGUACAUUUACUUUUAUCGCUUUAUUCUGGACUGGAUGAUGCCAUGUUUGUCGCGAUUACCAAAUACUAUGGCAUCAAUCAAGAUAUUGAGCGUAAUCGCGAGCUCACUACAGCUGUGGACAAUUUACAGUUGCAAUUGGGAUGCUGUGGUGUGCAGGGUGAAAGAAACAGUUCACUCAGUUGGUUUCUGUAUCAGCAUUCCAGCGCCUGGUACCGGGUUCGACACAAGUUUGAUUAUGGUCCACCGUUCGUCCCGAACAGCUGCUGCGUCACAAAGGGCCAGGUGGGAGGCAUUCUCAGGCGGGAAGCCGCACGGGCAAACUUUGAUGAAAUUGUCAAUCGUAAUGUAUGUGUCGGUUUGGCUCCAGUACCCUUCGCCAGUAGAGCCAUUUUCACAGCCCCGACGGCUAGUCGACCACGAUUUAUUACACAAGACAACAUAUAUCUCAAUCAACAGGGUUGUUUGACAGUGGCCAGUGAAAGGCUCUAUCGUUACACUAGUGUCCUCGUCGGUCUCGGGUUCGCCGGAAGCGUCUACUUGGCGAUUGGCGUGGUAUUGGGCUUCGUUAUGCUGUAUGAACUGGAGACCCAUCGAACGCACAACUCAGCCAAUCCUCCUGGAACACCCUCGUCUUCUGGCUGUUCGAAGAAAUUUGACUCAAGAGCAACGGGCGACGACGAAUUUUCAGGGACCAAGGUCUACCCAAUCAGCUGUCGAAUUUAA